UGACGCGUCUGAAUGAAAGAGAAAGUGAAAGUCUUAAAUCGCUUAUUCACUCUCAACUCGACGCACUUUUCAACACAUUCGCCCUGCAGGACCGUGAAUUUGACGGAUUGAGCUGCUAAAGUCACUAAAGUGUGUUUAUAAGCAUGUCUCGGGGUUCAAACGCGGGAUUUGAUCGACAUAUCACUAUAUUCUCACCUGAGGGCCGAUUGUAUCAAGUCGAAUAUGCCUUCAAAGCCAUCACCCAGAGCGGCCUGACCACGGUGGGCAUCAGAGGGACGGACUGUGCUGUGGUCGUCACACAGAAGAAAGUUGCGGACUCGCUCCUGGAUGCGUCGACGAUGACAAACAUGUUCCGUCUCACUCCACGGAUUGGAUGCGUCAUGACUGGACAUUACGCUGACAGCCGUUCUCAGGUUCAUCGCGCUCGUGUGGAGGCCGGCGAGUGGAAAUAUAAGUUCGGUUACGACAUCACGGCGGACAUGUUGUGCAGGCGCAUGGCGGACCUCUCUCAGGUCUACACACAGAACGCGGAGAUGAGGCCGCUCGGCUGCUGCAUGAUGCUGAUCGCCAUGGACCCGCUGAUGGGACCCGUGCUCUACAAAUGCGACCCGGCCGGCUAUUACUGCGGGUUCAGGGCCACGAGCGUCGGGGCCAAACACACGGAGGCCAACAGCUUCCUGGAGAAGAAGCUGAAGAAACAGCCCGAGCUGACGGCCGACAGGACCAUAGAGGUGUGUGGCACGCUUACAUAG